UGACCUGGUUGAAUCAUUUCCAUCGGAGAAUGAGGGAGCACAAUUCCGUACCUUAUCGCACGCAAGAACGGAGACUGUCAUUUCAUCAUGGGGCAUCUGGUAACCUUGGCGACAUGCAACCUGAACCAAUGGGCUCUGGAUUGGGAGGGAAACCGAGACAGGAUCAUUGAGAGCAUCCGGCAAGCAAAGGCUGCUGGUGCUACUUUGCGAGUUGGUCCCGAGCUUGAGAUUACUGGAUAUGGCUGUCUUGAUGCCUUCCUGGAGGGCGAUACUUUCCUCCACUCAUGGGAAAUGCUUGCACAGAUCAUCGAUCACCCUGAUUGUCAAGACAUUGUCGUAGACGUUGGUAUGCCAGUCCGACACCGAAAUGUUCGAUACAACUGCCGUAUUAUUUUCUACAACCGCAAAAUUAUCCUCAUCCGCCCUAAAAUGUGGUUGGCGAAUGAUGGAAAUUACCGCGAAUACCGCCAUUUUACGCCCUGGCAGCGCCCCCAAGAGACGGAGGACUACUAUCUCGAACAAAUUGCGGGCAAUAUUACUGGACAGUACAAGGUCCCCUUCGGCGACGCGGUUAUCAGCACAAGAGAUACUUGUCUAGGCUUGGAGACCUGCGAAGAGCUAUUUACGCCCAAUGGCCCUCACAUUCCCUAUGGACUGGCAGGUGUUGAAAUUAUCUCCAAUUCUUCCGGUAGCCAUCAUGAGCUUCGAAAGCUCGACACGCGGUUGAACCUCAUCACCCAGGCCACCAAAUUGAGCGGAGGUAUCUACCUCUAUGCCAACCAGCAAGGAUGUGACGGCGACCGGCUUUACUAUGAUGGUUGUGCCAUGAUUGUCAUCAACGGAGAAAUCGUUGCUCAGGGCUCCCAGUUCUCAUUGAAUGAUGUAGAAGUAGUCACUGCUACUGUGGACAUUGAAGAAGUUCGAACUUACCGGGCUAGUGUCAGUCGCGGCAUGCAGGCAAGCAAGCAAUCACCCUACCAGCGCAUCGACCUUGAUGUCCGACUAUCCCGUCGCCCCGAGGAUGCUGAGCCUAGCCUUACGGUAUCUGAGCCCCGCAAGGCUCGCAUUCAUGCACCAGAAGAAGAAAUUGCGCUUGGACCAGCCUGCUGGCUGUGGGACUACCUCCGGCGAUGCGGUGUUGCCGGGUUCUUCCUCGCUUUGAGCGGUGGUAUUGACAGCUGUUCCUCUGCAUUAAUCGUUCACUCAAUGUGCCGACAAGUGUUGAAGGCCGUCAAGGAGGGCAAUGAACAGGUGAUCAAGGAUGUUCGCCGGCUCUGUGCUAAACCUGCGGAUUCGGAUUGGCUUCCCUCCUCAAGCCAGGAGAUUUGCAUGUGCAUCUUCCACACAGCGUACAUGGGUACCCAAAACUCCAGCCAUGAGACCAGGGACCGAGCCAAAAGACUUGCGCAAGAUAUCGGCUGCUACCACAUCGAUUUCAAUUUCGAUACGGUCGUCACUGCAAUCAUGAACGUCUUCACUGCCGUAACAAGCUUUCAGCCACGCUUCAAAUUCCACGGUGGUGCUCCUGCCGAAAAUUUGGCUUUGCAGAAUGUGCAGGCCCGUAUGAGAAUGGUAUUCUCUUAUUUGUUUGCUUCGCUACUACCGACUGUCCGUCAACGCCCUGGUGGGGGCGGUCUGCUGGUGCUUGCAUCGUCAAACGUGGAUGAAUGUUUGCGAGGCUACCUUACGAAAUACGACGCCUCAUCUGCCGAUCUCAACCCGAUUGGCAGUCUCAACAAGGUUGACCUCAAGCGAUUUAUCGCCUGGGGUGUUCACGAAUUCGACAUGCCCAUUUUGACCGAGUUCCUAGAGGCUACCCCGACUGCUGAGUUGGAACCUCUGGCAGCUGCACAAUCCGACGAGGUUGACAUGGGAGUCAAAUAUUCCGAACUGGGCACUUUUGGUUAUCUCCGGAAGGUAGCCAAGCUCGGCCCUUGGUCGAUGUAUGAGAAGUUGCUCCACGUCUGGGGCAAUGAGCUCAGCCCGCGUGAGAUCUACGAGAAGGUCCGCCACUUUAGUUUCUACUAUGCUAUCAAUCGCCACAAGAUGACAACAAUCACGCCGGCAUAUCACGCACUCGAUUACUCCCCCGAGGACAACAGACAUGAUCUCCGACAGUUCCUAUACCCCCCAUUCACAUGGGCAUACAAGAAGAUGCUGGCGAAUGUUGAAUUCUGGGAGUCCAAAGGCUGGACAACUGGCAAGGCCCAGAAGAAGAGCGUUAAGGCGGAUUAAAGGCCGUUGCCGUAGAUUGGACCUAGUUUCUCCUAUGUCGUAUUCUAUUUGUUGAUUUCUUUUCAGAGAUUUAAAUCAACUUUGAUGUUUAGAAUCGCUUUUCUCUGCGCAAGGGGCUUUAGCAAUGCCGAUUGGCAAUGAAACACCCAAAUUUUCUACUCAUAUCUCGAGCCUUCUUGACAACUAUGGUGCUACUAGCUCUUGUGAAUUCGGGGGGAUCUCAGGGGUGGAAAGGUUUGAUAAAGUAUCAAGAUCCCAGAAAAUGUCAACAUUCAAUAUGGAGUAUAACGAUUGAGAUGAAGUAUUUAACAGGAAAGGAAAAGACUGUCAAGUCAAAUGGCAAGCGCCAAGAAAUUUUAAAAUGAUCAGAAGGAAAACGCUAACAAGAAAUGAGUGGUAAAUAUUCAUGGAUCGUGUCACUGCCAGCCUUGGCAUAUUGUAGGUUUCAUGCAUCACAAAGAUAGAAAGAUCAUUCCUUCCAGAACCAACCAGUGUUCGGCUUGGACUCGCUUUCCCCCGAGCUCGAAGAAUCUGCGUUUUCAGAACGAGGAUGAGUCGUCUCGACGGAGGAAUCCGUCUCUUCGCGGCCGUCGGCAUAACGUUUCGUCACAACUUUCUUAGUUUGGACCGAGCCAUCGGGGAGCCGUGUUCUUUCUGUCCGAGACAUGGUGGAGAUGAUAUGAGAUGAUGAGGAUCCGUCUGAAGGAGCAGAGUCGACUGGAGUCUCAGGCACAGAUUUGCGAUUGCCGCCUGAGACAAGAUCGAGCCAGCUCUCGUUAUCGUCGUCACCUUGUUUGUCCUCGAGUGGAGGUAAGCCACGAGGGAAGUCGGACUGAUACAACUCCUCGAGUUGAUUUCUGUGUUGGCGAUUUUCAACAAGAGAGCGCAGGAUAUGACUUCUGUCAAACGUCUCGGAGAAAUCUCGCCCCCAAGCCUCAAGAUCCUGCAUGAAGCGCUCGUACAAGGCCAGCUCGUCGUCCGCUUCUGCUUCCGCAGCCUCUGAGAAUCUGUCUCGGUAGGUUUCAGCGCCUUGAAUUCCCAAGACUCCGUCCAUGCUCGGGCCAGAAACCAGUUGGAAUCCGCUCCCCAUACUGCCCCGCUUGACUAGCCCUUUCAGCCAGUCCCAUUCGCUCUCGGUCCUACCGGCGAUCAACCUGUCGCGGUCCAACAGCGACAUCCCGUUUUCUACUCGGAGGAGGUCUUCAAAGGCUUCCCGCCAUUGUGGUUCAUUGAGAUCACGGUCCGACUCUUCCCGGAAAGAGGACACGAGGGAUGAAAACACGGCCUUUCCGUGGCGCGCCCGUUCGCGUGCUUGCCGUUCGAGAUGUAGAGGGGAGUAGGGGCUGAAUGUGAUAUAAUUCAGAGGCCAUUUGUCGUCGAAGUGCUGAAAGAAUGAUGGCAUGGAAAAUGUAAAGUUUGUACGAAAGGGCUGUGAGAAGAGGGGGAAGGAGAGCGCGUCGAGGCUAAGCGGGUCGGAGGGUUCGUUGGACCAACGUUGGCGCGACUGCGACGUCUUGGAGUCUGUUUCUGUGGGUGGUCGCGAUUGGGAUGAAUUUGAAACGGGGGUGCCGCCGUUGUUAUCAGAAGGUUUGUCGUCGUCGUCCCGAUUUCCGGACGAACUACCACCGGCGCUUCCACCUGACGUAUAGUUCUGAUCCCCCGCAUUAUUUGCGCUGGUGCCGUCUCGCUGUCGGAAUUUCAUGCUGUUGUAGGCUUUAUCAUCGGUGAAGAUAGUCCAGUGGUCUGGCUGGGGAGGCGACACGGCGGAAGGGAGACCAGUGAUGGAUUGUAAGACGGAGGAGACUUGUUCAUCGGCAAAGCGACGGAAGGCGACGAACGGGUUGCUCUCGCUCUCCUCGUGGGGCAUAUUGUCAGGCUUCUUGUUGCGAUCUUGGUCUUCAGAGUCUCGAUCAGUGGGCAUCGUGGGAAUUUGCAGUAAGAUUUUGGUGUAAGAGGAUGGCAGAGUCUUGAAGAAGUUGAAGGUGAAGCUGUUGGGAAGCCCGCCCCACAUUCAACUUUUGCCACGUGAGCUCCACCCAUUGAUGUUUU